AUGAAUCGACGGUACAAUAUCGCUUUGAAUUUCGUGCCGGUCAUGGUGAUUACGAGCAAGACAUCUAUGCUCACUACAGAGUAUGUUGAGAAUUUUUGGAAUAGUUGAAUCUAGAUCGACUCUUUCAGUAUCCUUCUAGAAGUGGAAGUCAACCGUGCUGCCGGCGCCAACAUUGUCACUAUUCUGAAGAACGCCACGUUGACAACAGAGCCGUUGUACGAGGACUCGGAGCCCCUAACGGCCGCCGCGCUGACACGUUUCCCGAUCGAAAGUCGUCUUCUGAGCAUUGUGAACAUGGUCUGGAAGCUUCCGACGAAAGGAUCGCUGGUUAAACAUCAUCUUCAUCUGGAGUACACUGUCAAAAACGAGGCGCCGGAGCUGGUGUACACGUUCGACGACCUCGUCGAGCUGACGGUUCCUGUUGUUCAAUUCGAAAUCUGCUCGCAAAUAUUGUCCCAUCAGCCGGGCGCUCAAUUGUGUCGAGCGACCUCGCCUUGCCAUUUUGUCAUUUCCAUUCGCUAUUUAAAAGAGAUGCCAUGUACACUUUUAGUGGUUUUGGAGGCCGACGAUCGGAUGUGGAUACUCGGCGAAAGGACCAAAGGUUCGUUUUCAGAAGCUUGUCGAGUUGUACUAAUGUCGCAUUAGUAUUUUCAGUGGUGCAAGUGAAGGAUAGUGGUCUGGGUCAGCUGGUUUUGACGAUAACUCCAGUCGUCGCCGGCUAUUUACCAUUCCCGAGCGUCUCGAUUUACGAGUGUCAAGUCGUGGUAAGUGCUCACAUAGUUAGCGAAAAGUGAUGAUUUCCAUUUUGCGUCUGAUGUUGGCUGCAUAGUUUCGAUGAUAAGAGAGUUGUGUGUGUGUGUGUGUGUGCGAUGUGUUAUCAUAAAAAAUAUGAUGAAAAACGGGACGGAGCCAACUAUUUUGCAGUCUGAAUCGGUCAUCCCUGGAUCCGAGCUUCUGUUCUUCAACCGAACAGCGGGGAAGCAAAUCCGAGUGCUGUCGCCGAACAACUCGGACAAUAACAACUUUGGAAAAGACGAGUCGAGAGGAUCCAAUCGGAUUGCCAGAAAAAUUGGCAAACUUUUUGAUUAG